AUGUACUUCCCACGCACCCUCCUCCUUGCCCUCACCGCCGCAACCACCAUCUCCGCCCACGGCGUCGUCACCGAAGUCAAGGGCGCAAAUGGCGUCAGUAUGCCUGGUUUGACAAUCCAAGAUGGAACACCACGGGAUUGCUCCUCCAAUGGAUGCGGUUCCCAAGCCGACACAGCAAUCAUCCGCGACCGUGAAAUCGCAAGCGGCAAGACGGGUCCCCUGGGUCGCACGCAGGGCAACGGCAACGUAGAUGCUGCAGUCAUGGUCGGCGCGUUCAUGGGAUCCGGGGCUGCGCCACCGGCGAACCAGGGCACGUCGGGUAGUGUAGGUGUUGAAGAUGAUAUCCCGCAGAAUGCUGGUGCGCAGAAUGCAAAUGCGCAGCGGAAGAGGCAGUUUCUCAGCAACCUUUUGGGAGGCCUUGGGGGUGGAAAGGGUGGUGCUGGUGCUGGUGGUGCAGCUGGAGGUGCGGGCGGUGCAACGGGGAUUGCGGGGUUGUUUGGGGGUGGUGGUGAUAAGGUUAAUGGACCGCCUGAGGCGCGGGUUGCUGCUGCUGCUGGAGCGGGAGCGACGGGGGGUCUGCCGACUUGUGCGGAUGAUGGAACGGUUACUAUGACGCUUCGUCAGAUCAACCAAGAUGGUGCAGGUCCUUUCACGGCAGAUGUCGAUGGCACGUCUGGUGGCACUGAUGAAGCUGCCAUGCAGCCUGCCACUGUCACUCAAGACGUCCCUGGUCUAGGUGUCCAGGGCAUCUCGCUGGCCACCAACACCGAGUUCGAGAUGAAGGUCCAGAUGCCUGCCGGUAUGACUUGCGAUGCAACUGUUGCUGGUGUCAACAAUGUCUGCGUCAUGCGUGUCCGCAACGGUGCAGCUGCUGGUCCCUUUGGUGGCUCUGUUGCCUUCACACAGAGCACUGCGGCCAAGAAGCGUGCUCUUGCCUACAGGCUCAAGAAGCGUAUGGAAGUUGGCCGCCUGCCCUGA